AUGCGGUUUGGUGAACUGAAAGGAAAGAGAUACACGGUUCUGGAGAAGAAUGUUGAUGUAUAUCUCGGUGUACCUUACGCGGAACCGCCAGUAGGUGGCUUGAGGUUCGCGCCCCCCAAACCAUGGCAACGGAACUGGGAUGAAGCGCGUGGCGCAAGAAAAUUUGGUAGUAGCUGUUGGCAGAAAGUUGAUUCCAAUCUAGACCAUCCUGGUACUUCGUGGUGGAGUGUUGGGGAAAAUUUGAGUGAAGAUUGUUUGUUUUUGAAUAUUUGGGCGCCUUCUCCCUUCACCAACAAUACUGCAGUGAUGGUGUGGAUACACGGCGGUAGUUUCAAUUGGGGCAGUGCCAGUGUCAAACAAUAUGACGGGAAAAUGUUAUCGGCCAGCCAAGGUGUUGUUGUCGUGACGAUAAAUUAUCGCCUAGGUCCCCUUGGAUUUCUAGCUUUGAAAGAUUCAGAGAUUCGUGGAAAUUUCGGACUGAUGGAUCAGGCGAUGGCUCUCCAAUGGAUCCAAGAAAACAUUGCAGAUUUCGGCGGGGAUCCAGAACUGGUGACCAUUUUUGGCAGUAGUGCUGGCGGGGCAUCUGUCGGGUACCAUCUUCUGUCCAACAUGACAAGGAAUCUAUUUCGUCGUGCGAUUGUCGAGAGUGGGUCUCCUACCACACCACCGUUAAAGCCGCGGGAUUCAGAAAGCAUUUUAGCCCAGGUGUCUGCCGAUAGUUUAGUCCGAGGCGUGGGUUGCUCCGGAUUAAGAGACAUCGACAACUCGUCGAAACUAAUGGAGUGUCUCCGGGAAAUACCCGCCUAUAACAUUUCUCAUGACCAAUUUGCUUCACUGAAUAUAUUCGUUGUAAUUGAUGGGACAUUACUCACCAAUAGCCCGGAAGUACAACUAGAAACAGGUGAUUUCAAAAACACCGAGAUUUUAGCGGGACAAUGUCAAAACGAAGGAAUGAUAGACAUGGUCAGACUAGUGCCGGGAUAUUCUAUCGACACAGAAAGCCUUCUCACAUACGACGAAUUUGAGAUGGGUGUUCGGUACAUUACAUGGGCAACAUCAUCGCAGACAAAGGGACUUGCCGAAAUGGCCAUUUUUCAGUACACCGACUGGAAAGACAAAACAAACCCGGCUAAGCUGCGGGAUGCCGUUAACGAUGUGUACGGGGAUUAUAUUUUAAAGUGUCCCACCAUCGACAUCGUCAACGCAUAUUCUAAGGCUGGGCUUGAUACGUACUACUACGACCUUAGACGGCGAUCAUCGGGAAGUCCGUGGCCUGGAUGGAUGGGUGUGGUGCACGGGGACGAAAUACAGUACAUAUUUGGCCACCCUCUAAACACUGAAUUUGGACCUUAUAGCGAUGAAGACGUCGAUCUUAGUCUACAAAUGAUGCACUAUUGGGCCAACUUUGCCAAGUAUGGAAAUCCGAAUCCACUGACCUCGAACAUUUGGCCUCGUUAUACUAAAGACGAACGGAGAUAUUUUGUCAUAAAUGGGGCACUAGAGGGCGCACCGAAUAUAGAAGACUAUCCGCGAACACCAUACUGCGAAUUUUGGAAUAAUUUAGUCCCUCAGCUGGAAAUGGGGCCACAGCAUUACAUACCACUGAUGACUGUAAACAAAACACAAGCAACGACUGCAGUUCCUACGGAUGAACGUGAAGUUGAAAGCAAAACCAGCCCAACCAUUGCAACGAGAGCAGCGCCUGUACGAUGUCAAGUUUCGAGUUCAUCUGCGUCUAUGAGCGCCCGCUAUCUUACCAAUCGACGUGUUGUUGCAAGCUUUGCUGUAGGUGCCUUGCUGUUACAUUAUUUGUUAGUAUUUUGGGAUUAAUGACUUUUUUUUAAAGAAGCAAAGUUGUUCACCCCAAACUAUUUUAAGUAAAAUGAAAUUCCAAUAGAUCCAUUUCAUUUGUGUGAAUAUGCCACCUUUAAUAUUUACGGUGCUGGGGUAGAUCGAACACGAAGUACAUCCAUUGUAAUAAUGUUGGAACAGGGGUGUCAGCUGUUUCUAGAACAGCGUCAAUCACAACUUUAAAAUCUUAUUGGAGGGAGAAUAGUAAGUUUCUAAAACAGCGGCAAUCACAUUAUUCAACGGAUACAUAGAAUGAGCAACACCAGGCCUUACUCGUAUUUGCUUUGUUGUUUUGCAAAACAAGUAUUACGCCACCAUGAGUUCGGUGUUAUCAACGUAAUGUUAAAGCAUGUUCGGUGGCGUGUUAAUUUAAUUUCUUUGUCAUACCCUUUA